AUGUCAGAUACCAAGAAUCCAGUCGAGGUGCAGACCUCAUCUGCCGCUCCCGACGCCACCGCCGCUGCGCACUUCAAGCCGUCGAAGCAGGGCAAUCCGGUGACUGUCGGCCUGGACGCGCAGGAUGAGGACUCGGGCUCCGAUGCCAUUGCGGAUCGCAUCGAAACGCAGAAGAAGGGGUUCUGGGCAUACUUUACAACCAAGGAGUUCUGGAUCACGCUGAUACUUGGUCAGGUGCUGGCCAUCGCAAAUACCGGUACUGGUACUUUCAGCAGUCUGCUCGGUAUGCAGGGCAAUUCGAUCCCGGCUUUUCAGUCGUUCCUCAACUAUGUUCUGCUGAAUAUUAUCUUCACACCUUAUACCGUCUACCGCUAUGGCUUCAAGGGCUGGCUCCGGAUGGUCUGGCGUGAUGGCUGGAAAUAUAUUAUCUUAGCUUUCUGUGACGUCGAGGGCAAUUACUUCGUUGUGCUGGCAUAUCGGUAUACGACUAUGCUUAGCGCCCAGUUGAUCAAUUUCUGGGCCAUUGCUGUUGUCGUUGUGGUUUCCUUUCUGUUCUUGGGCGUGCGCUACCACAUCACACAGAUCCUGGGUAUCUUGAUCUGCAUUGGUGGUAUGGGUGUAUUGAUCGCAUCCGAUCACAUCACCGGGGCCAACGGCGGCGACGCCACCCGCGGCAAUCAGAUCAAGGGUGACCUUUUCGCAUUGCUUGGCGCCAGUUUCUACGGCCUCACCAACACCGCGGAGGAAUAUUUCGUGAGCAGCCGGCCCGUGUACGAGGUGCUGGGCCAGAUGGCCUUCUGGGGCAUGAUCAUCAGCGGCGCCCAGACGGGGAUCUUCGACCGCGACGCGUUCCGCGAUGCCGUCUGGAACGGCCAAGUCGGCGGCUACCUGACCGGAUUCGUGCUCUGCCUCUGUUUCUUCUACUGCAUGGCCCCGCUCAUGUUCCGGCUCUCGUCCGCCGCCUUCUUCAACAUCUCCCUGCUCACCAUGAACUUCUGGGGUGUGUGCAUCGGCAUCAAGGUCUUCCACUACACCAUCCACUGGAUGUAUCCCAUCGCCUUUGUCUGCAUCAUCGUCGGCCAGCUCAUCUACUUCCUCGGAAAGAGAGUUCUGGGAGAAUCCCGCAAGCCCUGGCUCGGCAAGAACCAGGAACGCGGCUUCGCGGGCCUCUUCACCGCACGGCGGAAGAUCGAAUCAACCCUCGCUACCGCAUCGGCGCCUCAAGAUGGCCAAUAUCCUAAUGCCAACGGUGCGCGUGGGGACGACCAACAAGCCGCCGUGAUCGGCGAUCGUCACACCAAUGCCGUGUAG